CUUCGAUUAGAUUAUACAAGAAGAUUGUAUAAAUAGAAACGUUCAGUUCACUUAGUGAAGAGGCGAGUGUGCAGCGUUACUGAUAACCUCAUUGAAAAUGUUGUUCAUAUUUGCAUUAUUUACUGUGACUUUUGCGAAACAUGUGGAUCUUUCAUACAGAGCUUUACAUAAUCCCGAUCUCUUCGAAGGAGAUAUUGUCGGGAUAGAAGACAAUGACGCCAGAAAUGCAAUAGUAAACCCUGAUCGUCUCUGGAAGGACGGUGUAGUUAUUUAUGCGGUGGAUUCAUCUUUAGAACAUAUAAGAGAUUUAAUCACUGAAGCAAUGAAUCACAUAACUAAAGAAUCCUCGGGAUGUAUCACUUUCAAAGAGCGAAGAUACGAACGAGAUUAUGUUAAAUUCACCGCUGCAGAUGGGUGUUACUCGAGUUUCGGUCAAGUUGGAGGUGCGCAAACUCUAUCUCUUGGUGAGGGUUGCGAAUCUGUAGGGGUUAUCGUGCACGAAAUUGGUCACGCACUCGGCUUCUUUCACGAACAUAAUCGAUCUGAUAGAGACGAUUAUAUUACUGUAUACUGGGAUAACAUACAACCAGGAUCGAAAAUGCAAUUUAUCAAAAUGCCAUCGAUUAGAAAUAAAAUUUUUAACGAGUUUGAUUACGAAUCUAUCAUGAUUUAUGGAAAUUAUGCCUUUUCUAAGGACGGCAAGUCGAUAACUAUGGAAGCAAAAACAGGAGUAAAGUUGAGAGAACCGUACGAGAAAAGUGGAUUAACCGCUAGCGAUGUAUAUAGAAUUAAAAAGUUGUACCAAUGCGAAUAAAACACAAAUAACUAUGGACUAAAACGUCAUAAUAUUUAACGAAAUAAUUAUAAAUAAAUGUGCGAAAUAUCCGUUCGAUUUUCUAAGAAUAAUAUCAUAUUUUUAGAUUUCAAUGAUCUAUUUUUAUUCAUCUUUAUAAAAGAUUCGUUGUAGAUAAAUUUAUGAUACAUUAAAUAAAACCUGUCCAAAACGGACACUUGCCUAAA